GUCUUCACCUGGGGAGCCGCAGACAUGGGCCAGCUGGGGCAUGGCAGCACGGAGGACCGCGAGGUGCACACGUGGGACGUGGACCCCAAGUCCGGGAGCGGCUUCGCCUACGUGACCAGGCCCACCGUCGUCAUGGAGCUGUUCGGCAAGAGGGUGCGGGCGGUGACCGCUUCGUGCUGCAACUUCUCGACCGCGGUGCUGACGGCGCAGGGGGACGUGUACACCUGGGGCAACAACACCGACGGCCAGUGCGGCCAGGGACAGCGCUGCCCCGACCACAAGCUGAUCUACGUCGACCCGCACAUGCAGCGAACGGCCAUGCAGACCAUCAGGUCGCCGCGGAAGAUGGAGGCGGAGGGCACCGUGUUCCAGGAGAUCGCCUGCGGUGGGUACCACAUGCUGGCAAUCGACAAGGACAGCAGGCUGUGGACCUGGGGCCAGGGCCUGUGGGGGAAGCUCGGGCACGGCGACCAGCGCACGAUGUACGAGGCCAAGAUGGUCGAAAGUCUAAAGUACCAGCUCUGCGCCAGCGUUGCAGGUGGCGAGGCGCACUCCAUCUGCCUGCUGUCGCUGUGCCGGCUGACCGUCACCGGGGGCCCAGAGGACGAGCCCCUGAGCCCCUUCUCGCUGCUAGGCCUGCCCAUCAGCCGGGUCGACCUCCACGCGGCGGCGAGGCAGAAGUUCACGCCGCCGGGCACCAGCCUCCAGCUGGACACGUUCGCCUCCGCCCGGGUUCUGCAGAUCAAGUUGCCCUUGAGCUACGAUCCCGCCGCGCCCCUGGCGAGCCUUGCGAGGCAUCCCAUCCAGAAGAUCCAGGAUUCCAUCGUUCUCAUGGACCGCGGGCUCUGGGAGGGGGAGUGGCUGAAGCUGGCCACCACGGACUUCGACUUCCGCGUCAGCAUGGCGCCGGCCGGCGCCCCGCUAUCCUCACAG